AUGAAAAAUUUCGCAGCCAAAAGUUCACUCAUUAGCUUCGUGUUAUUUUUGUUUUUCGGUAUUACAGCUUCCACGGCUUUGCCUGCCACCGGAUACAAUUCUCAGUCUGAGUCAUUCAGUUUGGGAGCAUACAAGCCUGCUCGCUCAUUAAAGUCAAAUAGUGCCUUGUUCGAAGAGAGUGUCAAGAACUUGGAUAACUUUGGAUUCCAAUAUGUUGUAUUUGACCCUAAUGAUCUACUGGUUAAGUUGAACAGCUCUCUGGAUCCAAAACAGUACAACAUCACCGGAUUUAUUAACGGAGACCUCAGCUUGAAGGUGACAAACUUGGACGGAAAGUACUUGACUGUUAAUAAUCAAACGAACCAGUUGCAAUUGCUGGAUGAUGUGGAAUUAUCCAAGCAACAAUUCGCGGUGAGAAGAGAUAUGAUUUUUGCUCAAGGAAGCUCCACUUGGAGCGUUUGUGGAGGAACUGGUGCUGACGACUUUGAAGGUGCCUACAUUUACCAUGGGACUUUGGAGGAGAACUCGCAGUUCUGUAGUAGCGGGGGCAGAGAAUUAGAACUUAAAGCAAUUGGAGAUAGUGGCGCUAUACCUGAUUUUCCUCUCAAUUAA